AUGGAUCACCCAGUCAAGGACAUCAAGUCCCUGAUGAAGAAGUUCGCCUUUGGCGUACCCGACGAUCAACGCGAUGCUUUCAACACCUACUUUCUCCCCACCUCCUCCUUCGUCCAUCCUCUCAUCCGAGUUCCUUCUUUCGAUGACAUCCACAUUCCAUAUCUCCCUCUCCCUCCCAUAAACUCGCGUCACAUCACUCGUCUUCUCUAUAGGUUAAGAUGCAUGUUUGUCGACAUUUCUAGCUUCAAUCUCGAAUCCGCAGUCUAUGAUCAACGAACGGCUACACUUACAGCUCACAUCUCAGAAAACGUCCAUCCCAAAUUCAUCCCCUUCCACUCGCCAACGAUCAAAUCCACUCUCAUCUUUCGUCUCGUUCAACGAACCCUCGAUGCUCAAGGUCAAUUCCUACCCCCAUGCGACCCCGAGGAUCCCUCUGCUCCGGGCGGACGAACCCGUCUGUACAUUGUCGAGCACGAACAGCUCAUUCAGCCCAGCGAAAUCCUCAAAGUUGCGCUGCCCAUUGUCGGCUCGGGUAUUUGGCUUAUGCCAGAAAAGGUAGUGAAGAAUGGGGACACCAUCGCUGUCCUCAAGACAGAGUAG